AUGAAAUGCACUUUUGAGUGGAGGGUUACUGAGAACGACAGUAGCUCUGCGUUCAUGGAAGCCGUAUCCGAGGAGUUGUCCGUACUGCUUAAUGUCAACGACACUCAUCACAGCGAUACUACGGAGCACACAGCGCCUGGCAACUCAAGUGAGAACUAUACCCCAGACGAGAAUAAUCCAGAAACUCCUGCUCCAGAAAACAGCCAUCCAGACAAUCGCGCGGAGCAGAACGGCACUGCAGACACAGACAUCCCAAGAAUCGACAACCCAAAAGCCAAGGACCCAAAUAUCAACGUGUCAUAUAGUAUCACACCAGAGAACGAUAUUCCAGACGAUAAAACUUCGGAAAUUACUGCUCCAGUCACCGGCGAUCAAGAAAGCCACCCUCCGGGUAAUAGUGCGCCAGAAUAUAGCACUCCAGGCAUCGAGGUCCCGGAAGCCAGGAGUCCGAAUCAUAGCGUGCCGGACAAUACCUCACCAGUUAUUAAUACUACAGACAAGACCGCAUCUACAAGCAACGGUCUCACGAUUGAAUUGGUCGUGCAGGAACCUGACUUAACUCCUACGAUGGCAACCUUUGAGGCGCCUUACGAUUCACCACCGCCUUCCCCAACCUCAACUGCAAGCUCAGGGUCAAAUUCGGACCCCAUAGCAAGCAAUGCCUCAAUCAAUGCCAUUCCUGCACCACCAUCUCCAAAUCCUCGAGAUCCAACACUCCCCUCAACCACACCACAAUCAGACGCAUCCUCGUUUUCAGAUUCAGAAGAUCUCCGAAGCCCAGCCCCAGAACCAACCGCCGAACGGAAGGAAAUCCCAGCAGAAGAAGGCAUCCUCGAGACAACUCCCGCAACAACUGAACAAGACCUAAUAGCCUCCCUCCACCUAAUCGCCGACUCGAUCGCGCAACAACGCCAAAUAGCCGCAAAAUCUAUCCUCCAUAGCGGCUUCUACUGGUCCAUCCUCGUAAUCGUCUUCGAAUACCUCUACCGCGUCCUCUGGCACACAUCCGCAGACUGGAUUAUGAUCCUACUCCUCUGGAUCUGCUUCGCGAUCGCCACUUUGAGCGGGAUAAAGAUGUGGACGGGUGGAUACCUGGAUGAAGCGGAGCGUGUUGGGCGGUGGUCUUGGCUUUUUGGGAGUAAGUGGGCUUCUAAUUUUGAUGGGGGUUUACGCGCGGAUAAUGAUGAUGGCUGGUCGCCGCUGAGGUGGACUUUGUGUCAGGGUGUUUGGUUUCGGGUUUCUGGUGGUCAUGCUGAGAAGGCCUUGGCUUGGUGUGCACUGAAGAGGGAUGGGAAGAAGAAGGAUGUUCUGAGACAGUCUCUUGGUGGUGUUUGUGAUAUGGGAAAGGCAUGGGAAGAAUACAGUGCCGGUGCUAGCGCUGAUGCUAGUGCUGGACUUGAGAUCGAUGUGCAGAAGGAAAGUUUGGACGAGGGGUGGAUGCAGGAUAAAGUCUUUGUGUCACGCUUCAACGGACGUGUCAUCGCUACACUGGUCAUUCGUAUUAUGCCCGUGGACACCGAUUCAGUGGUCACUGUUUCUCGGAACGAGUACGACUCUGAACCCGAUGUUGACUCAGAUGAGUACUGUCAUCCUGCCCAUUUGGAACCCGUCUUACGGCCAGAGAAGGUGGUUAUCCGGGCUUGGACUGUUCUACAGAAGUAUCGUGGGAAUGGUGUUGGAUUGGGGAUUUUGCAAUUUGCGAUUGAGUAUGCCCGGGAACUUGAGUUGCAGGGUCCGGAGUUUGCGGUUGAUCAUGCGAAUUCUUUGCGUGCUUUGCCGAAGUUUUUUAGUGGGGGAAUGGAUCGAGAUGAUAAGCGGGCGAGGGAUCGACUUGCUAAGGAGAUUCGGAAGUUUGUUGGGGGAGAGGGAAAUGGGAAGAAGGGUUAG